UCGAUCAUCGUCGUCCUAUUCACUCACAUGAUCUGAGAGCAGAAGAGACGAAAUGGAUGAUGCUAACCGUAGCCAUUAUGCGAGGAGGUGGCAAUCACUCUGACGCACCCACAAUCAUUUGCUUCUGGAGAGAAGCUUGACGGUCACAGGAUCGGUCGAUGCAGGGUUGCUUGCCCAAUUCCAGUCUCAUAGAUCGUGUCAGGAAACAUCAAGAUCAGGCGGCGUACGCAGGAGGAAACGAAUGUUGACUGCCCAGCAAAAACUAUUAAGCUGUCAAGUAGGUGAAAAACCAGUUCUGAUCAUCCAUCAUGCCAUAUGGAGGCUUUCCUGCCGAAGUUCUUCCUCCUCCUGCUGUUGCUGCUCGUCUCAGGGGCAUUUUGGACCACGAAAGCGGCGGGCGCCGGCGCCACCUUCACCCUCAAGAACAACUGCCCUUACACCAUCUGGCCGGGCACAUUGUCCGGCAACGGGGCUGCCCUCCUCGGCGGCGGCGGAUUCGAGCUUUCCCUGAAUGAUACCGCCUCCUUCUCCGCUCCACCCGGCUGGUCCGGCCGCUUCUGGGCCCGCACACGAUGCCUCCUCGGCUCCUCCUCCUCUAACGGGACCUGCGCCACUGGCGAUUGCGGGGGCGUCCUACGCUGCGUAGUCGGCGGCGCACCACCGGCCAGCCUCGCGGAGUUCACCCUCGGCAGUGGCGACGGCACCCAGGACUUCUACGACGUGAGCUUGGUCGACGGUUACAACGUCGGCAUCGGGGUGCGCCCCUCGAGGGGCAGCUGCCGGUACGCCGGGUGCGUGGCGGACGUGAACGCUCGGUGCCCGGCGGAGCUGCGGGUGCCGGCAGAGUCCGGGGAAACGGUGGCGUGCCGAAGCGCGUGCGAGGCCUUCGGGGCACCGGAAUACUGCUGCACCGGCGCCCACGGCUCGCCGGCGACGUGCGGGCCGACGCGGUACUCGCAGCUGUUCAAGGCAGCGUGCCCGGCGGCGUACAGCUACGCCUAUGACGAUGCGACGAGCACGUUCACAUGCGCCGCCGGCACCGCCGACUACCUCAUCACCUUCUGCCCCUCCGCGGCAGACGCCCAGAGCAAGAAGAGGUAGCUCGCUCCAAUACCCCUGUAAUAAGACCGCGAUCGAAUAAGGAAAUGAGAUUAAGGUCUAUUGAUAUGGGAUAAAUAUGAACAUAAACUCGUGGUAGUUUUAUGGCCUUCUUUCCCUAUUUCUCUAUCUUUUUAAUGUAUUUUAAGCUCGAAAAUACUACUUAUAUUACGAUA